CCUUGUGCGACGUUGUGUCUGUCCAUGAGGGUUUACAACUUGCUAAUGAGCUGUGUGGGCCUCCUCUGUCCAGUCUGCUUCUUUCUAUGGCUGUUGCUGAGAGACAAAGUAAAAUGUCACCCAGGCGCUGUGAAGAGGCUUUUUGAACAGACACACCAACACAACUGAUUGUGGCAUGACUGUGGGAAGACACAGGACAUUAUUGUUAGUGGGUAAAGAAACAACAUCAGGUUGAAGAUGGCGGAGAGUGGGAAGCAAGAUAAUUGGAUAGGCUUGUUACUUUUUUCCUCUAAAACUGCACUGAAGAUGUAAGGGAAGUCGAGUUAUUCGGAGCUGUUUCUUUUGCGCCUCAUACCGAGCAAGAUGAGAGUCAUACCGACUCCACGGAAGCAGGCGUGGAAGAUUAUUUUCAUGCUUUUGAUCAGCACAUCACGAGGCCGCCCCGCACAAGUCAGUUCCUGUCCCGAAGGUGCUCACGUCCACCUGCCCAGCCUGCGAUGCUUCUGGCUCUCUGAGAAGACGUCCACGUGGUCUGAGGCUUUGGCUUCCUGUCAGCGGACUCGCGGAGGAUGUGUGGCAGUUGCCGACACUUUGGAGCUGCAAAGCUUCCUCCACCAUUUCUUCCCAGUAAAAAAAACGGAGUGGGUUUGGAUUCGGGGAGUAAGUGAAGAUAUACGACACAAGGCCGGGUUUGUGGAGUCAACCGGUCCUCCAUGGCGCAAUGGAGGCAGGGACAAACAUGAAGUAUGCACUCAGAUGGCUUUGGGGAUGCCCGGACAGUGGAGGACGAUCUCCUGUGCUAAACAAUACCACUUCUUUUGUCAAAAUGACUUAACUGAUUCUUUACCAGAACCGGAGAGUUACGUCGUGGGAAUUGUUCUGAUUACUGGCGUCUUCCAGCGGAUCCAGAUUGCUCCCUUAGCAACUGUCCCUGAUGUUGAACAACUUGCAGUGGAGAUGCAGCUGUUUCCUGGUUUGUGGUUCAGUCAUGCCGGGCAAGUGACAUCACUGGAACUGGUGGUCCAGCCCAGUUCGACUUCCUCUUCGGCCCGCAUUCAAAUCCUUCGACCCUACUGCAACCCCAACUACCACCUUGUACCUCCGGGUUGCAGCUCUCUGAUGAAUCCAUUCAGUUGCUGCUCAACGGUUCCACUGUGCAACACGACAGGAGGGUGCGGCAGUGGCCAGUACUGGUGUCAUAUUCUCGAAACCUGCCUUGCCAACGAUCGUCCCUGUUCGCCUUACACCUUGGCGGCAGUGGAACGUGGGUUUGCGUUGCCACCCAGAUAUCCAGCGACUGCACCUUUAUACCACUUGGUAGCGGACAUACCGCUGAAAAUAAGCCCCGUCACACGACUCCAAACGUUAAGUGUUGUUCUCCCAGAAGGAGCCGUCAAUGUGUACCCCGACGAUAUUGUUGCCGUUCAACACACGCGCGACCGCGGAGCCUUUCUGCGCUGCCUCGCCAGCGAAGUUCCCCUUAAUUCCCCGUGGCGACAGAGUUACCUGUCUCUCCUGGGGACAACGUGGGGUGGCUGGUGGCAGGGAGGCCUCACUGUCAGGCCCCAAGGCGAACACUGGGUGGAUGGCGUGGUGUGUGACCUGAGAUUGCUUUAUGAAGACACUCUGAAUGGAGCAAGAACUGAGCAAGGGCGGAUGUUGGAAACAACCACACCCUCUGACGCGAAGUCCCUGACUCGUCAUGUGAAAUCUACAUUUGGGCUGAGGAUCAUCCACCCUCCACUGGAUGAAAAGAACCAGAUCCACCUUGCACUCAAUGUUCCGACACUCAUUGUUGUCACGGUACUAUCAGGAGAGAAAGUCACAUGUUCAUGGUCGUCUCCGGUCCUCCGUACUGGACUCCCCUUCGGCCGGUCUUGCCCCGAAGAUCUGACCGUCUGCAAGACGCAUUCGGAGGAUGUGUGGUUCUCGUCCGUGACUCUGGUCUCACCUUCAGUGGGGGUCCAGAUGCUGAAUAUCAGUGUGGCAGACGCCGUUAGGUCUCAGACUUUGACCGUGACGCUGCGUAGCUAUGAGGCAGUGUCGGGACUCAGCGUGGAGCCACGCAGACACCAAAGGACGCUUGUUGACGUUCCUCAGUCCUUUACCGCCCAAGUGGUGAGUGGCUCAUCUGUGACAUUCUCGUGGGUGAUUGACAACUUGGAGGCGUUUGCCGAUGAAGGAGAAUCUUAUAGUGUGGUGUUCAAGAAACCUGCCGAGUAUAAACUCAAGGUCACGGCGUCCAACCCCGUGAGCUCCCAGAGCAUGCAGCUCCUCCUGACUGCGGAUGAAAUGAAGCCACUGAGCGAGCCUGAGUUCAUGUACGUCAGGCAGGUGGUUGCCGUGGGUGCCCCACACCUUUUUACCCUCAGGGUCAAAGUGGACAUCGCCUUGCCAACGACCUUCAGGUGGGAUUUUGGCGAUGGUAGCAGUGGCGUUCUUCACACCGUGCCUGCUCCAUACGACACUAUGGAGAUGCUUGCAGAAAAAGGAGAGACACAAGUCUUUGUGCGGCACUCUGUGAACUUCACCUAUACUGCACCAGGGAACUACGACCUUCAUGUGGGAGUUUCCACCCAGUAUGAAGAAGUAGACAAGUCAAUCAAGAUUAGCGUCCGUCACCUGUUAAAACGCCUUUUCCUUAACUCCUCCGCUCUGUUGGCCAUUGUCAAUGAAACGUAUCUCCUGGAAGCCUUCACCGAUCCCGCCGUGGACAACGUCAUCUACACUUGGAAUUUUGGUGACCAAUCCAAAGCCGUCCAAUGUUCUGACCCAAAAGCGAAACACACCUUUAGAUCUGCGGGAGCGUACAACAUCACAUUGUGUGCCAACAACACUCUUUCUAUCCUUACCUCUUGGCUUGUGGUGGAAGUUUUGGAGAAAAUAACCGGACUGAGUGUCAGUUGCAACGGACCCUGUGAGUUGGGCUCCGUUACAAAUUGCAGAGCUACCGUUGCAACUGGUACGAGGCUUAUUUGGGACUUUGACUUUGGUGAUGGAUCCGAGCAGAGACACCUGGCUGAUGGCUCAGUUUCGCAAAUCUACAAGUUUCAAGGCAACUACACAGUGAGGGUCAAUGUCUCGAAUUCAGUGAGCGAAGCUCACCAAUCGAUCAGCGUGGUUGUCUAUAGGUUAGCUGUUAUAGGAGUGAUGCCGACGGAGUGCGUCAUGACGGGUCGAAACACAGAGUUUUCGGCCUUGCUGAAUGGAAACGUAUCCGUGCUGGUUUUCAAUUGGCUGUUUGGCGAGGGAACUCCUGCGACUGUGGUGACAGGGCGAUCCGCAGCGAGGCACACGUUUUCCAGCCCAGGGAUUUUCCACGUUAGCUUAACCGUGAAAAGCUCUCUUAGCACCGCGUCCUACAAUAGCACCGUCUGCGUUCAAACGGCAAUUACUGACAUUUUAUUGCGGCCGUCUCAAGAUACAGCGGCCGCGGGAGAUGAAAUAUGUUUCAGCGUGUUAUUUUCUCCGGAGCAGAGAACGAGUUGCCAAUUUAAGUGGCUCAGUAGCGCUUCCAUUCAAGCUGCUGUGACAGAACAUAGUCAACAAUGUUUUACUUUCAGAGAUGAGGGCAUUCAAAAAGUAUUUGUCACGGCGAGUAACAACGUAAGCAGCAAAACAGCCAGCGCUAGCAUCGCCGUUCAAAGACCUGUCAGCAAUUUCUCUUUGGCGCAUGCUAAUGAGACCGUGACGGUCAAUACCUCAGCAUCAUUUUGGGUUGCUAGCUGCACCGGCAGCAAUGUGUCUGUGUUUUGGGUUUUUGGAGAUGGUUCCCCGACAAAGCAGCAACAAAAUGUGUCGCACGUCUUUACGACGACGGGUGAUUUUACAGUCACCGCCACCGCGUUUAACGCAAUUAGUCGAGAGUCGGCGAGCCUUAAGGUGAGGGUCUUGCAUCCCGUUUCCGACUUCAGUCUUCAAACCAAGCAGCCGUUCAGCGUGGUCGGAGAAGAAACAUUUAUCACAGCAGUUAGCAACGACAAGUGGACCGCCACCUAUUAUUGGACAGUGGAUGGUUUGGUUCCAACACAAGAGGGAACUCGAGAGUUUCGAUUUGUUUUUCGCGAAGCAGGACAGUACCAAGUGAGAUGUAUCGCCCGAAACUUGGUGAGCAGAAGAGAAGCUGUGAUUUUAGUUGAAGUCUUUGAGAGAAUAGAAGGUCUUCACAUGGAUUGUCCUGCAUUGACCAAUAUGACAUACUUACCGACCCAGGAGGAUGUGGUGUUUGUCGCUUCCGUCACAAAAGGAUCUAAUGUCACAUAUAAAUGGCUCGCUACCCCAAGAAAAAUCAAGCAUCAGAUUCCAGCUGAUGGAGAACGUUUUCAGUUGGUCGUCGAAACCCCUGGUCUGCUUACGAUUCAAUUAAAUGCCUCGAACAUGUUGGGCGAGAGCACCGGCGUUGCUUCUUUUGUGGCUGUGGAACGGGUCACAGAUGCGCGCAUAACUGCACAGACAAAUAUCGCGGCAGUGGGGAAGUUUUUACACAUUUCGGUUUCGGUCCUUACGGGUUCUGACCUGAAAUACUUUUGGUAUGUGGAUUCGGAGCUUGCGUGCCUUGAGACAGACGCCCCUUUUUUUCGUCACAAGUUCACAAGCUCAGGGGAUUGUUUGGUUAAAGUUCUCGUUCAGAACACAAUCAGUCGAUGCGGUGACACUAAAAUCUUUACAGUCCAAGAGGAAGUCAAAGAGGCGAGCUUUCAAAUCGGUGGCAAGAUGUUUCCGUUUCAUCUAAGCACAAACACCGCCGUGCCAUUCCAAGGUGUUGUCCGCCAAGGUAGUCAUCUGCACUGGGACUGGAAAGUUAGCAACGCCACAACCGCCAUUUUUUCGGAAAGCAACGCCAUGUUUACCUACACUUUUCUCCACGAAGGCGUCUACGGAGUGUCCUUGAAUGUCUCCAAUGCAAUUAACUGGCAGCAAGUGACACACCGUGUCAUCGUCCAGGAUCGAAUCGAAGGCCUCACCCUCAACGUUAGCAGGGAUACUCUUUGUACUCGGGAGGAAGUUACUUUCACGCCAGCAAUCCGGAGAGGAAGCAAUGCAAGCUUUGUUUUGAUGUUUGAAACUAAAGACUGGAAGCAUCGUCAGGAUGUGGUGGACGGAUUUUUCACCACAUUGAACCUUCCAGCAGGGACACAUGUUGUUCAACUGACAGCUUGGAAUCAGGUGAGCAGCGCACAGAUGUCAACCCGAGUUCAGAUCUUCGAGAAUGUAACACCCGUGAAACUCUUAACUCCUGACCAACACGCCAUCGAGGCUCUGAAGGAGGUUCAUUUUGAGGUGGAUGAUCAAAAUGAGUUUUCGGUUAACUACACCUGGAUAUUUCACUUGGAAGAUACUGAACCUUUGUGGCUCAAAGGAAAAACGGUCAUCUUUACCCCAUCAAUCAAUGGCUCGCUGUUGCUGAGCGUGCUGGCAAGCAAUGGCGUCUGCUCCAAGAUGCUAAACAAAACUCUGACAGUUGAAUGGCCCGUGAAGGAAGUCCAGCUCCUUUGCCACUCAGAACCCAUAUUUGCUGGACAUGUUGUGCUAUUUUCUGCUAAAAUUAACGGCGGAGGGAGCAACCUGAGAUACGCGUGGUCAUUUGGGAACUCUGUCAAAGACUGGCCCUCGGAUCUCAGUACAGUCAAUCAUACUUUUGACAACGCUGGGCUUUACAUUGUUCUGGUCAACGUCUCCAAUGGUGUCAGCCAGACGUCUGCGCAACUGCGCAUAGACGUGGUGGCGUUGAGGUGCUCCAGCCCUCAAGCGUCACUUAUCCAGAACCGGCCAACUAUCUUCAGAUCUAGAGUGAGUUUCUUUGAAGCCAGCGUGGCGAUUAACUGCUCUGCCUACAAGGCAACAUACCAGUGGGAGAUGUUUAGAGCGUCCGAUUGUACUGAUGAGAAUCUGGACCUGACUGGGAAGCGAGUCCCUCUCAAUGGUACGACGUCACCGUUUCUCCAUCUCCCAAAGCGUUCUCUAGAUGUGGGACAGUAUUGCCUUUUCUUCACCCUUUCAUUCCAAGGGACCCCUCUGCUUGUGCGUCGAAAAACUGAAGUCACCGUGGUCAGCACCCCGUCGGUGGCUGUCAUCAAGGGAGGUUCACGUCGACUGUGGCCAAGCACCCUUGACCUCGUUCUGGAUGGAAGUGGAUCUCAAGACCCUGACGCAGACCAAGGAGAAGAAGAUGCAUUCCAGUAUCGCUGGACCGUCACCACAGAGAAUUCCACAGUUUCUAUUGAGAGCGACAGUAGUAUUGUGACGGUACCCAGAAAACAGUUAAACCCUGACACCAUUUAUGCGUUCACCCUAAUCAUAAAUAAGAUGGGAAAGACGCCGGCAUCCUUCACGCAGACAGUAACCGUGUGUGAAGCACUACAACUUCCUGUGUUUGUGGAGUGGAUAUCCUGUCCAGGCCACGCAUGCAUCAUCCUGUCCGGGCAUUGUGGAGAGUGUGAUGACCAUGCUCAGUACAGUUGGAGCGCCGAGGAUGAGACAGGCGCGAGAUUCGACCUCGACAAGGCUGCCCCCUCUGCAAGAAAACACUCGCCGAAAUUUAUGUUGCCUUCCGAUGCGUUGCUGUCGGGUCACGCGUAUACCUUCACUCUCAAUGUGACUCUCCCCGGAAGUGGGAGGUGGGGCAGUGCCAGUCAGACGGUUGUACCUCACAAGCCCCCUGAUGGUGGUCGGUGCGAAUUGCACCCAGAGUCCCACGUCCAUCCGUUGGGGACUGUAGUCACCUUCAACUGCACAGGGUGGAGCGAUGACGAAAGCAUCUCCUCCGGGCUCAUCUAUACCUUUCAGGUUGCACCGUGCCAUCCCGUCAUGUGCCCUCUUUUCACGCUGUACAAGGGUACUCGAUCAACUUUUGGCAGCCUCGUUCCGGUGGGCAUUCCUGUGCCAGGACAAAGCAAAUCACUUAUCACAGUGAUUUUGAUCAUCGAGGACAAUCUUGGAUCAAGUGUCGUUGCUCUAAACAGAACUCUGAGUGUCCAGAGUCAUGGAAAUGUCACUGAGUGGCUUCGAACAAAGAGCCAGAAAGACAUGUGGGCCUUUGUCCAACAUGGCAACCCUCAGGAAAUCAUCCCAUAUUCCAUCGCGCUCACGAGCCAGCUCAAUCAGAUGGCAUCUGGACAAAGUACUGGUGAGCUCAACACGAAGAAGGAGAUAAGAGAAAAUGUGACCAAAGCCUUGCUCUCCCUCCCCGUUUCUUCCAUGAUGGAUGUUGACCAAAUCAGCUCAGCUUUAGUACAGUCCACUGCUGUUCCUGCUGAGUUAAUUUGCAUGGACUGUCAGGAGAAGGUUCUCGAAGCAAUUGGGAAGAUGAUUCAUGUCAUGCAAGAACACAAAAGUCCUGCCGGUGGAGUUUCAGUGUUUGACACAGGGAAGAAUAUCCUUCGCAUUGUAGGUAGCUCUCUGGCAUCUGCAUCAAUAUCAACCUUUGCCUCAAAUACUCAACACAACUACUCCAGAACUCUGCAGGCCGCAUCGGUCAUCACCUUGUCAGCAAUUAGCCAGGCAGGGGCGUUAAUGCGCUCCCUGAUGCAUUCACCUGGUCCUGGCGAGGUGCCCCUUUCAUUCGUCACGCCUCAUAUCAGUACAGCUGGUUUCUAUGGCGACCCCUCCAACCUUCUGUGCUCGAAGCACGCAAUUCCUUCCCAGUUAUCAACUCCGCCAUGUCCGUUUCAAAUCCCGGUCUCACUCACCGCUCACCUUAAGAGUCAGCGCUCAGAACUGGCGCAGGUGAUUUUCGGUCUGGAUGAGUCGAACGCUUUGCUGGCUGCAGCUGACCCUCCGAUCUCGACCAGUCUGGUUGCCAUGGAGAUCACCACCCCGCAGGGCGAGCCCAUACCCGUCCAAGAUCUUGAGCCUGACCAGGCUAUUCGAGUCACCCUGCAGAGCAAGUUCCCAGCGGGGAAACGUGACGCACGUGGGGAUGGGAGAGUGGAUGGACAUACGAAUGGGACGUGUACCACAGUUCCGCUUCCGCUCGAGCAAUGUCAGAACUUUACAAUAAGAAACGUGGGCGGCCUGGAUGAGAAUACAGGUUUAUAUAUCUCUUUCAACUUCAGCCUGUUACCAGGAGUUACUUCAGAGACCGCGGGCCAUGUUAAGAUAAAAAUGACAAGCGGAUCUCAGGAUUCUCUCACGAAAGAGUGGAUCGUCAAUCUUUCGCCUCGUCACACGUUCACGGAGAAAACAAUAUUUCUUUCUCCGCUUUUAAAUCGGACAGCAAAGACUCUGUCUCUCAGCCUGACUUCAUUCGAGGUCCAGGGCGGUCCUGUUGCCGUGUCGAUAUGUGUCUUCAGCUCUCUUUGUCAGUACUACAGCCUCAAGGGGAGGACUUGGAGUAGUGAGGGUCUCAAACCACUAGAGGGCACCACACUCCAAACGGUGCAUUGUCUGACACACCACCUCACCAUGUUUGGGGCCAGUUUGUUUCUUCACCCGGGGGCAGUUGUGCUUCUGCCGCCUGCAGCUGAUCCCAGUCUUAAUGUGAUGGUGGCAAUUGUAUGCGCUGUCCUGAUCCUGACUCACCUGCUGGUGGGACUCAUUGCCCAUAAAUUGGACCACCUGGACGGCUUGAGGCUGAGCCAAGUGCCGCUUUGUGGUCGGGAAGGACCGUACCACUACAGGGUACUGGUUAAGACCGGUUGGAGGCACGGAGCAGGCACCACGGCACAUGUUGGCAUCAGUUUGUACGGCGUCAACAAGAGCGGCUCUCGUCAUCUGCAAAGGGUUGGAGCUUUUCAACGUGGCGGCCUCGACCAGUUUCAUUUAGAGACAGACGUCAGAUUGGGGGAAGUUUGGAAAAUUCGCAUCUGGCAUGACAACACAGGGUUGGAUCCAUCCUGGUAUGUUCAGCACGUGGUUGUGUGGGACCCUGUGACAGACCAUAUGUUUUUCUUCCUGGUGGAAGACUGGCUCUCUGUGGAAAAUCCAAAGAAUGGUACAGUGGAGAAAGAAAUCCUGGCCUCAUGUCCGGAAGAGCUUUCCCAAUUUCGACGAAUCCUAUACUCCCAGUUGAUUUUUGGAAUGGUGGAGCACCACCUGUGGCUGUCGCUCUGGGAACGCCCCAUCCACAGUGUUUUUACCCGAGCUCAGAGAGUUACCUGCAGCGCUCUCAUGCUCCAUCUCUAUCUGGCGUCGGGUGCACUGUGGUAUGGGGCCGUGGGUACCCAGGGACAUAAUGGACCAGUGUCAGCCAAACUGCUGUUCAGUAUGGAAACUGUCGCUGUGGGGAUGGUUGUUGCAGUGCUGCUCUUUCCUCUCCAGUGUUUGAUCUGCUUUUUGUUUAGAAAAUCUCAAAGUCAGGUUAUCGUGGACAUGUCAGUUCCUUCUUCACCGGUUUGUUAUUCUGUGGAGAUGGAUGUCUACCUCGGCCAAACAGAACUUUCAGGGCCAUCUUUUUUAUCGCUGUCUGGACCCUCCAGCAGACUCCAAGAUAGUCCCUCAUCUUUAUUGGAGAGCAAAGGUUUUGACUCCAGCAUCCUCGACUUCUGGGCUGCUUCUGGUUUGGUGCCCCAGACCGAUGACAUAUGCCAGGAAGAGACCGCGACUUCCUGGGCAUCGUGUGACAGCCUGCUCAAAGAGUCUGAAGACUUGGAGCUCUGCGAUGCCUCGCUUGCUUUGUGCGCAACACGCCAACUGAGGAGGAAGAAAGCUCGCAUGCAGCUUCACCUGACCCCACGCGCCUCCUCUGACCCACCUGCUGCCUUUCUCCAUCCCCUCCAAAAAGACAUUGUGGACUAUCACUCCCCUAUACAGGAGCAAGAUACUGCCAAGCCACUGCAGGCUCAAAACCACAAUAUGAAAAACUUUUUGACUCUGUCCGAGGAGAAUCUUCUGAUGUCAAUAGAAGAAGCAACAGAGGACACUUUGCAUUUCUCCAAAAACAACUCAGACAGCGGUCGGGACUCGCCUACGACCACCUCAUCGUUCUCAAACACCCAGAGCACCUCGUGUAGCAGUUGGUGGGAUUACGCUGAUGAUAAAUACCACCGUGAGCCGGAAUAUUUGACAUUCGAGACACAUUCCGGUCCUUCCCAAUGCGAGGCAAAACUCUAUCGAUGUCCAUCUGUACUUUCUGUGGACUCUGUGGCCAGCACCUUCCUGCCGAGUCCUUCCCCUGACUCGACAAGAUGCUCCUCCACCACACGCAUCGGCAUCGCUCGAGGUCGGCCCAGCUGGCUGCUUCCUCCCUGGGUGUUGUGCGUGAUCUACCCUCUCGUGGCUGCGGUGAUCGCAGCAUGCCUGGUUCUCGUCGGAAUCUACGGCAGCUUCUUCUCCAGAACAGUUGUCCUCAUGUGGCUCGUAUCCGCGCUCUCUGCCUUCCUCGCCUCUGCUCUCCUGCUGGAACCUCUCAAGGUGUGCAUUCAGGCCUUGAUCUGCACCGCCAUUUGGCGACCUGUGGAUCCAGAGGUGGAGGACCAACUCGCCCGGGAGACCACAGUGGCGAGAUCAUUAUUAGAAGAGGGUGGGAAGGUACGACCACCCUGCGGCUACGGACUGCUGCAGGCUAAAGAGGAGGCUCGGAAAGUCCGUGCGCUGAAGUCACUCAUGAGGCAUUGUGCGUUCCAGCUGCUGUUUCUGUUGCUGGUGCUCAUGGUGAACUACCAGGACAGCGUGGAAAGAAGGCAGGGCAGACAGUUGCACUUGGCUGUUGGACGCCAGCUUCACACCGCUCCGUUGGGCAGCCCGAAUCUAACAUCUAUCAGAAACUGUUUAGAUGCCGGGCAGUGGAUGAACAGCACCUUGGUGACAAAUCUGCACCAAAACCCGCUGCUCCGCCUUGUUGGGUCGCCACGUCUCUUGUACGCGCACACACUGGGCCAGAAACAGGUCACGCUUGGAAACAGCAGCAUGGCGACACAUCAAGCCCUGUCCGAGCUACUAAUGGGAGGCGUUUGCAUGAAGCAACUCAAAAGCUUCUCUUUGGAUUUUACGCAAUACCACAGAGAGUCGAGAUUAUGUCUAUGUCUAUCCAUCCAACUUGAUUUCACCCAAAGAAUCACUUCCUCCCUGUCCAUCUAUCCGCUCCUAAUCCCAUCGUCUCAUGAAGGCUUAGACCUCCAUCUGGUCCUGACGGUUUUCCUUCUCGGUUCUGCCCUCCUCAUAUUAAUUGGGGAAUUGCGAUCGAUGGCGAGUGAGCGUGCUCAAUAUCCGUCUCAAGGCAAACACUGGCUCCAGCUUCUGUUGGCCGCGUUGUCUUUGGCGACAAGUGUGCUCCAUCUCUGUUUUCGCGCUCAGUCCACUUCCUGUGUUUCCCAGCUGCGGACACAGCCUGACAGCUUCGUCAACUUCCAUGGCGCUGCUCGACUGGCUCAGAAGUCUUCUCAAUGUGCAGCUGUCUUACUGACUUUCCUGGUCCUAAAGCUGUUGGGCACCUUAAGAUUUGUGCGGAGGUGGGUUGUGAUCAUCCGAGUCCUGAACAGAGCUUGGAAGGAAUUGUGGACCUUAAGUUUCCUCUUAAUGCUACUGAUUUUGUUCAGUACUCACCUCGGGAAAACGGUAAAAAAGGAAAAAAAAAUCAAAUAUGAACAAGAACAGGAUUUGACAUCUCUGCUCUGGUUUCAGCUCUUCUCACAGUCGGUGGAAGGCUUUUUGUCGAUGCAUCAGGUUUUUGUGUCGUUGAUGUCCAUUGUGCGUGGCCGGCUUGGCCUCCAAAGACUGUGCAGGGUCCAUCCUGUUCUCGGACCUCUGUAUGGCUCACUACUGACAGGUGCAGGUGUCUGGCUGUUGGCUAAAUUCUUUGGAGCUGUUCUCAUUCGGGCGUACAGGGCUGAGAAAGCAGACAUUUAUCGUCCCGCGGCGGAACCGCAAGAUUAUGAGAUGGUGGAGUUCUUCAUCAAGAGACUCAAGCUGUGGAUUGGACUCAGAAAGGCUAAAGAAUUCAGGCACAGGGUGAAAUUUGAAGGCAUGGACGUUCCUCCUUCCAGAGCCUCUCGGGACUCUCGUCUUUCCACUCUCUAUUCCUCCCUUCCAUCAUCUCACUCCUCCUCCUUUUCCUCACCUUCCUUUUCAUCUCCACGUCCCUUGUCAUCGUCCCUCUCUGUACUGUCUGAGGACUCAGCACUUUCUGAACAAGGGUUUGACGUCCAGCCUUUCCUGGACCACCUGCUACCGUGUGUAAAUGCUUUGCUUUCUCAGUUUGAUCGGGUCACUCAAAUAACUGAGGAUUUGAACAACCUGGAGAUUGAACUCGAAGACAUUCUGUCCAGGAGAAGAAAAAAGAACAGGAAUAAGGAAACAUGUGAGGAGAGAUUCCAAAAAUCAGCAAAUCCAAAGGAUCAUGAGGGUGAUGGGAGGCCGAAAGGUGAAGUAAGACGCAGGAGGACAGGUCUGCUUUACACAAAUCCACAAAAUUCCAUUUCGGCCAUGUUUCCUUUCACUCCUUCCACGAUCCAGCCCCCAGUUGCACCGGCUCACCUCUUCCAACGUACGCGGAACUCUCACUCCGAAUCUGAAUCAGUGCAUCUACAGUAUCAUGCGUCUCGUGACCCAGCCGAAGCAGCAAAGCCGACGAUCGGAAACUCCAGUUUGCAUCCUGUAAAUUCUCCUGGUUUGUCAGGUUUUCCCAAGAGGCGAGCGUGGCAUUCUGGAAGUUCUCACUCAGCCGAUGCAGCUCAAAGGUUGUGGCUAAAACAAGGUGGAGUUGCCCCAUGUGGAAGUAGCGCGCUCCCCUUCGUCAGACCAAAUAGCGAAGAGGGCAUAAGGAGACGUAUCAGUGAUGGGGCGCCGAAAAAGAGGAAGGCUUGGAUCUCCGAGGGACCUUCCUAAGCAUUUCUACUUCAAAAUUCCAUUUAAUGUUUCGAUAAAUGGAAAAUUAUGAUUUUAGUUUGUUUCAAACUUUCUUACAUUUUGUAUUAACAUUUGUGGUGGGGUUUGUUUGUUUUUUAAUGCUACAUUUUUUGUAUUUCUGAAAUACAGUGUAUACCAUUUUUUUUUAACAUUUUGCUAAUCCGAAAGUUUGAUAUCCUGCUGUAACAUUCAACAUAGUUUUACUUUUUAGAAUCUUUAAAAUAAAUAAAAAAAAAAAACUAUUAUUGAGAGGCAUUUAAUAUUUUGCUACAUUGCAUUUGUGUACUUUUAAAUUCAAAUUAUUCAAAACAAUUGUGAAAUAUAUUUAUGUGUGAUCAUUUACAACAUUAAUCUAUAUUUUUAAUUAGCAUUCAGUAUUUGUUGCUCAAUCAUAAUACUGUAGUGGCAUAUCUUGUGAAAUUCUUGACUUGAAAUAAUGUGAUGCCUUGUCACAAGAAAUAUUUGUCAAUAAUGUAAAAAAAAUAGCGUGGAACCUUGUAACGUUUAACAUCGACAUAAAAUAAUUGAAAAAACUAUGUG